AUGACAGCGCUCCCUCCAAGCAUGGAUCCCCCGACGGAUCCUUUGCCAUCGAGACCCUUUCCACAGCGGGUUUCGAGCGUUAAUAGGGAGGCUGUUGUUUACAACCAGGAGCCCUCGAGGGAUAAGAAGAUGCCUCGUCCGAACGAUUUUCUGCAGCAGAAUGGUCAUGCUUCGGAGAAGGCUGUGAACGAUGAGUUUGGACCGUUCGAUGAGAAGUUGCUUCAUCCGAGGGGCGGGGUGCCGGAUAGUCCAAUUCUUGGGCGGUUGAGAUCCGCCGAUCCCCCACCUGCAUCGCAGACAGGACAGAUAUGGUCGCUAGGUCCAGGAUCUACCGCCUCCUCGUCCAACAAACCCUCCAAGUUGGAUUCUGAGGCGCUGGCUCAGCUUCAAGUUCCGUCUGCGGAUCGCAGUGAUGUGCUUGAAACAGAACUCAAUGUCGUCGAUGACCCGAACUCGUGGGAUGUCAUCAAUCCGAACACGAGGACUGCUCGGGAAUGGGACCAGCAACUGUACUCGCUCGAGCGGCGGGCUGAAGAGCUGUAUAGCGCCGAUCAUCUGCAUGUCAUUCUGGAGGACACCGAAUUCCACACCAAAUUCUCCUCUUUCUUACGCAAUUACAGGCCUUGGAGACUUCCCCUCUUGGCCUACUACUGGGAUGCGCUGAAAGCACUCCGAGCUCUCGAAUACCACAACUCUCUAACAAGACUAUUGUCUCAAAAGACGCCCCCGGGCCUCCACAUCGGCGGUAUCCAUCCCCCGGGACUCACGAACAACACCCAACUCCGCGAAGCAGCACAAGCAGCAUUCGACGAACUCCUCCGAGAAGACCUACACUGGUACAUCGCAAACACAUACAUCGACAUCGUCCGCGCCGUCAUGCAGAGCCGCAUCACAGGAACUUUGCCAGCACCACUCCGCGAAGCCAGCCAUGGGCUCGCCGAAGUGUUUUGUAUAACUGAUCCUACCCGCCAGGACAACCCCAUCAUCCUGGCGUCGCCGGCGUUUACACGACAUUCUGGGUGCAAUAUGGACUAUAUUCUCGGUCGUAAUUGUCGCUUUAUGCAGGGCCCGGGCACGACGGUGGACUCUUGUCAACGAUUUGCCGAGUCGAUGAAGGAGCGACGGGAUCAUUCUGAGAUUUUUGUUAAUUAUCGGAGGGAUGGGAGUCCGUUUCUAGCGCUGGUGAUGAAUGCACAGCUGCUUGAUAGCGACGGCAACAUGCGAUACUAUCUCGGAGCUCAGGUCGACGUAUCCGGACUUCUCAAGAACUGUAGUGGAAUGGACAGUCUUGUCAAGCUGAUCGAGCACGGCAGUCACCAUGACCGCAGAAAUCAAAACCUGAGCAGCACAGAUCCGGCAACGGACAUCCAGCCUCUGAGCCAGAUGCUGAGCGGUUCAGAAUUGGACACUAUUGGAAAGUACGGCGGCGUGCUACACAAAAGCGUUGAAGACCAAGAGCUGCAGAGCAAGACGCCUCGCAAGACUGCCUUCACGCCCAAUCGUGUGAUUCUUGCCGAUGGUUCGGAUGAUUCUGAUCAAGGAGAGAUCAUGAGUUCUCGGCCCCAACAGCAGCAGCAGCAGCAGCAAUCGAAUGAAGCCAACGGGGAGACUCACCCGGCAGGUAUCCCUCCGCAGGAGAUCAAUCUUUCGUUGGUGUACAAGAACUACCUCAUCAUCCGUCCAGUCCCAUCUCUCCGCGUCCUCUUCGCCUCCCCGACUCUACGCCUCCCCGGCAUGGUCCAAUCACACUUCCUACACCACAUAGGCGGAGACCGCAUGCGCAGCGACCUUAACACCUCCUUCCAAGACGCCCAAGUCGUAACAGCCCGAGUCCGCUGGUUGUCCUCCCCAAACGAAGAAGGCGAAGGCGAAGGCGCCUGGAGGUGGAUCCACUGCACGCCGCUGAUGCAUCAUACCGGAAACGUCGGGCUGUGGAUGGUCGUUAUGGUUUUGCCGUCGAAUGAUGAGGCGGCUGGGUCGGUUACGUCGUCGAAGUCGAGCCGCAGUCGGAGUCAGAUGGGUCAGGGGAGGUCGGAUGAUGGGAGUAGUGUGCAGAGUCAUGUUGUGAGGGCGAAGCCUAGGUAUACCCGGCCGGUGAGGUGA